AUGGCAAUCCUUCCAAGUGACACGAACGAAAAACAUCCCGAAGUCACCUCGAUCCACACCCCCUCCUCAAUCGAAAGCACAUCAUCAAAAGACAACACCACCCAACGAGGCCUCUCAUCCCGCCAUGCCCAAUUCAUUGCCCUGGGAGGCGCAAUAGGAACAGGCCUAUUCGUGAGCACAGGAGCCACACUAGCAAAAGGCGGCCCGGCCUUCUUGGUCGGCAGCUAUGUCCUAAUGUCCGCUUUAGUAUACCUGAUCCUCACAGGCGUCACGGAGAUAUCAGCCUACCUCCCCCUCCCGGGUGGAACGAUGAACUACUAUGGCAGUCGAUAUGUAUCGCCUAGCCUGGGGUUUAUGAUGGGGUGGUUGUAUUUCUAUUCAUAUGCUAUCUUUGUGCCGUUUGAGCUGACUGCUUCGGCUAUGGUGAUAAACUACUGGCAUCCUGAUAUCAAUAAUGCGGUUUGGAUUACUAUCAUGUUGCUUCUUGUUGUCUCGCUGAAUCUUCUGCCCGUCAAGUUUUACGGCGAGUCUGAGUUUUGGUUUGCUUUGCUCAAGGUUUUGUUGAUUGUUGGCUUGAUUGUGCUUUCGUUUGUGCUAUUUUGGGGCGGUGGGCCUAAUCAUCAGCGUCUUGGGUUUCAUUACUGGAUGGAGCCUGGGGCUGUCAAGGCUAUGAUUGUGGAUGGGGACUCUGGACGAUUUAUCGCUGCGCUUGCUACUCUCAUCAGUUGUGUGUUGCCAUUCACCUUCUCGCCGGAGAUGAUUGUUGUGACGGGUGGUGAGAUUCAAUCUCCUCGUCGAAACCUACCAAAGAUUGCUCGCAAUUUCUUCUGGAGAUUGAUUGUCUUCUAUAUUGGUGGCACAAUUGCUAUCUCGGUCAUCUGCCCGUCUGAUGAUCCAUCAUUGACGAGCGGAGGUAAUGGCGCUGCUUCAUCACCUUGGGUGGUUGGUAUCAGGAAUGCCGGCAUUGCUGGACUUCCUAGUGUGAUCAAUGCUGUCAUUAUUACUGCAGCAUGGUCGUCUGGAAACUCCUUCCUCUACCUUGCCAGUCGAUCCCUAUACUCCAUGGCAGUUGAAGGCAGUGCCCCUCGAAUCUUUCGCAAGUGCAGCAAGAAUGGAGUCCCAGUCUAUGCAGUUGUUGCUAGGUCACUAUUCUCCUUGCUGGCGUAUAUGAAUGUCAACUCCUCGUCAGCGAAUGUAUUCAAUUGGCUGAUGAACCUUGUCAACACAGGAGGGUUCAUCUCCUGGGUCUGCUGCUCGAUCAUUUACAUUCGUUUCCGAAAGGCUUGUGAUGUCCAGAAAAUCCCAACGGACAGCCUGGUUGCCCGCUCGCCUUUGCAACCUAUUGGUUCUUAUAUCACGAUGUUCAUGUUUGGGCUGCUUUGUCUGCUCAAUGGGUUCACGGUCUUCUUUCCAUCGCAGUGGUCUGUUACUGAUUUCCUCUCUGCGUAUAUUGGUCUUCCACUGUUCGUUGUCAUCUAUUUGGUACAUCGAUUCUGGAGGCGGGGUGAUCCUUGGGCUAUCCCUUCCCACUUAGUUGAUUUGCAUAGUGGACUGGCAGAGUUGGAGGCUGAAGAGGAGAUGGAAGUUCCCAAGGAGACAUUAUGGGGGCGUCUGAGACACUCGAGCGUUGUCCAACUUAUGCGUCCGCCGAAGUAG